ACACGAUAGAGUGCAUUUGAGAAAUGGCGUAAACGCGUAAAUGCCCCGUAACAAACCCGUAAAAUCCGAUGCACUGAAAAUUGAAUUUCUACCAAAAAUUUUGUAUCACUUUUGAAUCGUCCAUCGACAUAGAGUUAUUAAAGUUUCUGCAAAUAAUGGAAACUGAAGCGGUGACACUCGAGGAUGGAGAAGUCGUCGAUGAUGAGGUUGUUGAUGCUUUUGAUGCAUACAAUGUUUUGCCACGACCCCAUGCUGCUCCGAGACCUGAAGAUUCCACAAAGCAUCGUUACAGUGAUGAAUCUGACGAACCAACCGAUACGGAGAGCGAUACAGACUCGGAUUCGGCUCAUAUUUGCUCCAAGAAGCCAAAAAUGAAAAUAAAACGUUGCCGAAAUAAAGCUGCAGAGAAACAACAGGAGCAGGACAAAUACAAAGUAUGGUGCAUGCAAGUACAAGAAGAAGCAUUAACUGAGGAACUAGUUUCUUGCGGGGUAACGAAACGCGAUUAUCAGGAUCGAAAUGUGGAAUACUACAAUUUUCCUCUGAGGUACUCUCCAGAUGAAGACCAAAUACCUGGUAACCACAGCUCAGACUCUGUGAAAGAACCUGAACCUAGACUGACUAACAAAAGAACAAACGAGGACAGGACAAAUCUUAAACUAAGACUUGGAAAAAGAAGAAAUUCAAUGGAAGUUGAUGGCCCACGUGGGCCUGCCCGAAAAAUACUAGACCUAUGCACUGAUGCCAACUCUGAAGAUGCAGAUGUUGCAGCAGAUAUUGCGGAAAAGCUAUGCGAAAACAAAGAUGAUCUUAUAAAGAGAGUUGUGAGUAUAUUAGGAAAGGAAAAAGCAAUUGAAUUUUUCGAACGAACAAAAAAAAUUGAAGAAGAGGGAGGAAUGAUGAUAAUGAAUGGAUCACGCAGGAGAACUCCUGGCGGAGUAUUCUUACUGCUUUUGAAGAAAGAUGAUCACAUUCCCCAGCAACAGAUACGUGAAAUUUUUCAGGAGGACCGUAAACAGACCACUGAACAAAGAAAACAAGUUCAGGCCUCGAAUAGGAGACAAAAGACCCAACAACUCAUGCGAAGUCUUGAAAAUGGCUCAGAAAAAGAUCUUCCUGCUCUUUUGACUCGUGCUGAACUAUCGACUAGGCAGAUAGCAGAGGAGGCACGACUGAGAAGAGGCGAGGUGAGAGCAAGAGAAAGAACUCCUCCCGAUUCAGACCGCCCUGUUACAAAUCCCCCACCCAGUCCAGUAACGGAUGACCCUGACCACACACCCCCUUCAUCACGGAGACAGGUUCAAGAUUAUGCUGCGGACGAUUUUCUUGAUAUCGGAGUGGAUGUAGACAGUAUGGAACUUUUUUAGAACUCAAUAUUGUAAGAAUUUUUCAUAUUAUUGAUACAGCGCCCCAGAUCUGUUUUGUGAACUAAGAAGUUCAUCUGAAAAAUGAGAAAGGCUACUAGGACGCUUGUGUUACAUGGCAAUCUGUGACAUAGUUUUCAGGUAAACUGAGAGUGUUAAUGACCGUUGAACAAAACUAGGAACAAAUUGAAUCAAUUGAGUUGUUCUUCUGUCAUCGUAUCAUUUUUUUUUCUUCAAACAAAUUCUUACUUUUCUCUCAACUUGUUUGUUUUUCUCUUGUUGUGCGGAUGAGUACAUGGCAAUAUAGUUGGUUCUCAGGAUUCCUAUGCCUUCUUCAUCUUAUGCUUUAUCUAUACUUGUAUAGGUGGUAUUUGUGUGGCGAGGAGAGAAUAAUAAUGUUUCUCUGUAGUUGAAAUUAACAAUGAAUUGAUUUAAAUGAAAUUAAAUGUGGCAUCACAGCCUCUUGUUGAAUUGAAUCAACAUUCAAUUGUACAUAAAAUUACUUUUUACUUUAGUUAACAAUUUCGCAUGUAUUCUAAUGUAUUGAUCGAAUUAAGUUCAAACGCGAAUUGAAUACUAGAAAAUUCAUUUUAUAAUAUAUAAUCUCAGUAAAACGCAAAA